CUUAAGGUUUGCUCCUGGACACUGAGCCACACAAAGGAUUGUCUUGAUCUAGUUGUGUGUUGUCUUUUAAUUCCUGCUGGAAGGUUUCACUGAAAAUUCAUCAGCCGCUGAUUUAGAAUUAGAAUUAUGGCACUGAAAACAGAGAAGGCGCACACUGGGUUGGACUUCAUUGACCUCCUGCUCAGGAACACUGAUGAAACCAUUGGUUACCAGAGCAACCAGUCGUGGACUAUUACAUUUGAUGAUAGUCCAGAGAGAAGCUCUGCUGAUGACUUCCUGGACUCCCUGCUGGGGGGGAGUGACUCCUCUACGCCGGCGUCCCCACUGUGGUCACCUUGCACGACCGACAGUGGCAUCAAUGAGGACCCCCUGAUGGAUCAAUCGGAAUGCCCUCACCCAACCUUUGACGCACCGUCUAUCCCUCAGGAUCCAGGGAAUCAGCUGCCAGCCAGUGAAGAAACUGCUUCCAUUGAUCAAAGUCGGGAGUCCAGCAACCUGCAGGAGCAGUUUGGAAUAGCAUACUACCUCACGACAAACCCAAGCUCUGCUCUGCUGUCCAGUCAGACACUCACAGUGAAGGACCUGCUGAUGUCGAACCUGGGACAGAAUGCACAACAAGUCCCCCAGCAUCCCCUGCCAGAGCUUCAGCUUGACGAGGACGAGAAGACACUUCUGGCUAAAGAGGGAGUGAACCUGCCCAGCAAACUGCCCCUGUCCAAGACUGAAGAGAAGGUUUUAAAGAAGAUCCGGCGGAAAAUCCGCAACAAGCGCUCGGCUCAGGAAAGUCGGAAGAAGAAGAGGGAAUAUGUCGAUUGUCUGGAGGGAAGGAUGUCUGCAUGCAGCGCUCACAACCUGGAGCUGCAGAGAAAGAUCCAGCGGCUGGAGGAGACCAACCAUGCUCUGUUGGAGCAAUUAAACCAGGCGCAGGCUCUCCUCUCCAGCAGCUCCACCAAGACAACGCAAAAAGGGACCUGCAUCCUGGUUCUGCUCCUCUCGUUCUCUCUCCUUAUUUCCUCAAAUUUGCAGCCAGAACCCUACAGCCAUCUCAGCCAGGCGGACUACACAGAGACCAAAGUGCCGUCCCGCUCCCUGCAGGCGAUGGAUGAAGUGCAGGACGUCCCUCCUCCUCCACUCCUCACUGUCUCCAGGGGCUUUGAGGCCUUGAGCAGCCUGACCGAGAAGCUCUGGACCUGGGCAGAUUUCCCCAUGGUAGACGUCCAGUCCUCUUACCACCAGGAUCACAGGCACCGGGACAAUCACUGAGCUCCUCGAGCUUCACAGGAGGAAAGAUAGCAGCAAAGCGGUGCAGCCUUGCUCGCAGAUACAGCAUCCAAAUUAGCAGUUUUAUUGCUUUUUAAGCGUCUGUUCAGAGACCGAGUGAGGUGUCAUGGUGUGUUUGCCACCCACCCUAACACACAAAUAAAAUAUGUUUCUAAAUGGAAUUCACUCACUCAGAUGGAGGUCGGGAGGAGGUCAUCCUUUCUUUGGAUGCACGGAGCCUCCGGGACCUGGCAGAUAUUUUAUUGCUGACACACUACUGCAUGAUAAAGGUGUUUGCAGUAUGAUCUGGAAAAGAAGACGAAUGUCAAUUUACUGCUGUAUUUUAUUAUUAACUUUAAUGUAUAUAAGAAAGAACAUAAUUUCAGGAUUAAAAUGAUUUCUGAGUUAAUUUUUGCUUUAUUUCUUUUAAGUCGAGUUUGGAAGAGAUGUCCAUCCCAAAAAGUAAUGAGGCAAUAUCGUAAAAGUACAAUUUCGUCGCCUCAAAUAUUAAAGUAAAAACUGCG